UAUAUUGCGGAGAUAUCAAUAUAACAUUUUCAGCUGCGCAUUACAAUGUUCAAGAAAAUAUAACUACUUAUAAACCCUUAAUAUUACUUAAAAAUCCUAGAAACAUCUCUAAUACAAGUUCUUGUUAUAAUUAACAACAAUGCCAUUGUGGCGUCAUCAGUGGUCGGACAUUCUUUAGCAGUCAAGUCUAUUUUUUGACUCAACUCGUUGUUCACGCGGCUAAGUUACUCAGUUCUGGUUUUAAUAUUGUUAUGAUAGUGUGUCCCUGAGGAAUGCCAUCGUUAUCGAUGACCUCGCGAACUCGUCGGGCUCCGAAUUAUGGCUAUUCAUCGGCAAUUCAUGUUCUCCGAACCUGUUCCAGGCUGGCAUUUUACUAGCCUUUUACUAGCCCUUUACUCGCCUUAAGUAGAAAGCAUCCUGUACUGGAAAAACCCUGACCUCGAGGCCUUGCGCAUAUGUGACAUAUAUGGCUUGUUCAGUGUAUAUUGUGACGUCAUUCACGGCCGACGACAACGACGAACGAAAGAUCGUCGAACGUCUAUCUUGCUCAGGACACACACGAGAUCAAAAGCAUUCCAUCAGUUUAGUGAGCUUUGUCCUUCAUCGAACGCAGAUAUAGCAUGAAGAUGUAGAGCUAUGUGUAUUUACAAUUUACCAUGUAGAACAAAAUCGAUUAUUCUUAGAUUUUUCUCCUUACACAUCUAGAUUGCAUUAUCGUUCUUGUUUUUAAUGCCUUUUAUCUGAUCUUGGUUGAAACGUUCAUUAACCUAACAUCAAGCAAGGGGCACGCAAGCGAAGAGAAAACAAUCUUGUCGAUAUCAAUGUAUGCCGCAAACGUCCUAAAGUAGCAUAAAUAAUUUAAUUUCACCAACAACAAGAAGGAAAAAUUAAACAAAAAGUCAAUUACGCCCGUGGUGUGUGGGACAAGCUGAUAUUUGAGAUCAUUGUAACUUACGCAAAUUUACGUAAAGCUGUUUAUCCGAAUCUUAAAAAGCAUUAUAACACUAGAUUCUGUGACUAUGAUAACAAAGGCGUCACUCUAAAAACACACCAGCUUUGUCCCAGAAACAUUUAUCUUCGUGUCUGCGUUUAAUUUAAGAGCUGUUCCGAAAAGAGAGGUUGCCUUUAGCAUAUGCCCAAGGUUUGCGUUUAUUGAGACCCAGUGUCAUGUCUUUCAGGUAAGAACAUUUGUUGAUCUCUUGGAAUAAGAGGGCAGUCCCCUGUGCCUGCAUAUCAAACGAGUAGAUUACCUCGGAAUAGCUCCCAAUACUUGUAGCUACUUCUGUGCUGCGGAUUAAGCCAACUCCACCGUAAUCAAAAUAUCAAAAUAGGUGAGUCCUUUUAACCCUUUAACACUUUUUGCUCGGUUUAUUUACAAAAUGCUAUUUCUUAAAAUAUAGAGCUUUUAAAGUUGACUAUUAAAGUGCCCUUUAUUAUUCUGAGAAAUUGAGUAAUUAUUCUGUGUUGCAAUUUGACAGAUACCAUCUCAACUGAGCUUGUUGAUUUUUGAAGUAAAUUUGGUGCCUCUACCAGUACGUGGUAGUGAAUGUGCAUAUAGUUGGAUAAUAUCUGCAUCUCAUAAGAUUUCCGUUGAUUUCAAAGUCGUUAGUCACCUAUUCAUCUAUGACAGCUUUCAAACACUUUCUGUGAUGACCUUGUAAAAGUUUCAAAAGCUUAAUUUUCUACACGCCGCACAGAGUCUUCAACACAACCCAGACCUGAUCAAAAAUAUAAACCGUGCAACUUGCCAACAACUGACCAGCAUGGUUGCUAUGGUGAAAAUCGAUCAUGAAAUAAUAUUUACUAUAUUUUUAUCUUCAUGAUUUUAUAUUGUUAUUGUAGUUUUUUUAUUAUAUUUUUACCGCGCCAUUCUUGAGAUUACUUGUUUAGUUGUAAACGAUCGUGAUCUUGUAAUCCGGCGAUUACAAAACCAUUAAAAAAUUCAGUUAUGCGAAAUUUUUAGUGCUCCUGUAGGUUUUCUCUGCUAGGUGAAAAAAUUGAAUAAACAGCUUCGGUCGACGUUAUUAAAUGUCGCGACUAAAAUGGAUUUUCAUAAAAAGGUUCAACAUUGGAAGCCCUUCGGUUUUAAGUCUUUGGAGCGCAGUAACCAUCCUCAUCCGAGUCAUUGGCUCUAAAUUCGAUGUACCUCAACCUAAAAAAAUUGAAAACUUGGGUUUCAAAAUAAUACAGCAACGGAGGUUGUUAUAAGUGUUGGGGCGUCUAUCGUGACCAAAACUGACUCCGUGUUUGCCCGAUUCACUCCGCAGGCCAAGCGCUGUUGAAUUUUUGCCUUCCCUUACUCGUUAGACGCGGGGUGGGGAGAGAGAUAUGACGGCAUCAGUAUGUAAUGAUUAUCUCCUCCCUUUUAAGGCUGUUUUGACAAGUGUCCCGAUUACUUCUGACUGGAUUUAACUCAUCAGUGUCUUUUUGUUCAUGACAAUGUUUACUGACAAGUUUUUAGAGUUCUUCUAACUUCUGUAUUACAAGUGAGACCAUAUAACUGAAAUAAGUAACAAGGUUACUCUUAACAUAUGUACUCAUAUUUACAUGUAUACAAUGGCCCAUCGCCACUGCAGCUUAAUUUCGUAUUUCGCAUCUGAGAACUUAUAUAAGAAGUGGCAUAACUGUUUUCGUUGGCAUGGUUUAAAAAAUGGUCGAGUAUUUUAUAUGAAAAACGUAAGCAAAAACAUUGAAUUUGUUCUACACGGAGUCUUUUCGAGGGGGAAACAAGAAACUAGUCGUGGCACAAAUUAUUUAACAUUGUGUUAUUAAUAAUUAAAGACAAGCUUAUUCAUGACAAAUCUUAGUCGCGCAAUUAUAUUCAUCUACGCAUGUACUUAUCACUAAAAAAAUAUAUCCUGUGAUGAAACAGAAUUUCUUAUCUCUACAAACAUCUGCCACAUAGCUGCGGGAAUACUGAGGAAUAUCCACGAAGGCUAGAGAAAACAAAUUACGUGGACCUCACCCACGCAUCGCGCGUCCUUCUGAGCAAUCCAAGGAAAGGAAUCGUACAUCCGUGUUGGUGUGAAGGUAAACAAUGAUUUACACGAUAGCAUUUGUUUUGCAAUGAGAAUACUGAGCUUGUGAGCGGGUAGAGAAAGGUUUGCUAACGGAAAAUUUAUCGACUCAUUUUCACCAACCAAACUUUCUCUGGAGAGACCCUUACUGUGGCAUCGAACAAUGAUGUCAGCUAAGAAGCUUAAUCAUGGGCAAUUACAUAGACUUUGACAAAACAUUUAAAUAAAGAGCGUUUGGUACUCGUUUGAGAAAUAAGCCAAUUCUCACCCCGACGUUGAACCAUCUUCAGGGCCAAUAAGCUAGCGAUGACGGAAAUUACGUUUAAUUUCUCAGCGUUCACAUUUACAUAUUUUCCCAGCUGCUUGUGAUGGCACUACACUCAACUUUUGAAAUCACUGUUCCAUAGCAGCUUUCGAAAAAAACAAUGGGACACAUAGAACUAACGAUCAAGGUAGGAAUUUCUAAUGACAAAAAGGCCAAGUAAAUAGUAAGUAAGACAUCCAGCUACUCUAUACGCUAAGCGGACGGACUAACUGACUUAUUUUGGACCGAUGGACAUCGUUUCCUUGUAUUGGUUGUAUCACACUUUGAGAAUUACUUUGUUAGUCAGAGGUAAGCUUAUUCUCAUCUAAAACAUUUUGUGAUGAAUGUUUUUAAACACAAGAUAGUAUUUUGUAAGUUUGUUUCUUUGAUAAUCACGCUUUGUACGUGUUGCUAGUGGUCGUAGCCGCAAAAAAAAGCAAGCCGCUUUUUCAUAUCAAAAUUUACAAUUUUUUGUAACUUUUUCUGUCUAUUCUUAAUUUUGUAUUCAAUUUCUGUCGUUCUUUAGGGUCGACAGUCUCGACAUUUGGUUUAAACAUUUUUGGUUUGUAGCUCAGUGGCAAUUGUUAAUCGCACACAAGUAUAUGUAUAUAUAUUUGCAUUUGUACAAUGCCCUUAAUUAUUGUGGCUAAAAGAUCUUGUCAGGCACUAAGCAGAUAACGCGCCACGAAACCUAAAUGGAACGCGUUGUGUUUCAAGAAGUUUCUUGUUGGUAGGUUAAAGAAUAGCUGUGCUUGUUUUUCUCAACCAUGUAGCAAGUUUAAUAAUGCAGAACUGGUUGAAUGAAAAUUUUGACUCAGAGCAAAUAUGCUCUGAUAAAAGUAAAUCGACAAAUGUAUUCCAAUUGUAAAAUGAGACAUGCGAGUAGAAUUGUUCAUUGCUGCAAACAAUUCAACAAAUAAACACAAAUAGGAAAACUGAGCCAGUUUCUGUCCAAACUAUAAACAUUCACAGGGCUGUUGAACUCUUUCUACUCCUCCCCCUUUAAAAGUUAUUUAUAUUUCAUGCUGAUUUUUGCUGCUGCACACUUUGCGAACAUGUUAAUUUGGUAUUUUAAUAACGACAGGAUUUAUGGCAGCUGUCACUAAAUUUCAACUUGGCAGGCAUUCAAAUGGUUGAGGUGGUAGAAAACGGGGCAAUCAACUCUGAGAUACGAAAAUAUGAUGCAAAAUCGAUAAAUCAAUUAACUGUUUUCUGUCCUCAGAAUAAUAUUCCUAAUUAUUGAUACUCUCCCCGCAGUCUAAUCACUUAGAUUGCUAAUGAGGUCUGAGACUGAACAAACCGAAAUAUAUUUUGCAAGAAAAGAUUAAUUUACCUCAACAGAAGUGUGAAUCACAUUAAAGCUUGCUAUCCUUUCUGAUCAUAAAAACAUUCUAUUUUGUUUAUGCAAGAACUCAUGCCAGCAUGUUUCACUUGUUUCAAGACAACUUUAUUCGCUUAAAAAUAUGUAUGAUUGCUUGUCCUUGGCUAGUUAGCAAGCAAAAUGGGGCGAGCAGGAAACUAUCUUAUAAUCUUUGUAGACGACGAUCAGAGUAGUUUCUCUAUUUCAUUGACCCCUGCUUUUAGUAAACAACUUAACAUUCAAGAAGAAUCGAACGCAGCACCCAAGGUGAGAAAAGACAUUUUAAAAUGGAAUCUCCAAAUCUAUGUUAAUGUUGCGGACAAAAUUUGACGGAUGGUUAUCUCUUUCUCCUAAAGUGAUGGCAGAAAGUUGUGCGAGUGAGAAAAAAUUGGUAGUUGCUGAUCAAAAAAAAAAAAAAUUGAAUGUAUGUUCACCGGUUAUUUGCACUUUCUUCAGUAAUCAAUUUGAUCUUUCCUUUUGAGUCGUCUAUUCGCCAAUUUUAAUCAUUCAUUCCGUUCAUUUUCAAAGCGACAAAACCUUUGCGGUUUUACCGUCUAUUUUCUGUAUAUAGUCUCAGUUUAAGUUGCUAUUGAUAAGCUAGUUUUAAAUCUUCGUGACAACUGCUGAUGAAAUAUAUUAUACAUGUACUCGUCCUGUGCGAUCUAUUUGCUAAAGAAGGCAAUUUAACUAAGAAAAGAACCUUUUAAUUGCUCGAUUCUGAUUAUUCUGAAAAAAAAAUUCAACAAUUUUUGGAUUUUAAGUUUUAAAAUGAUAUCUUACCGCCUAAGGCUGUUAUAAAUAGUAUUUCCAUAUCCUAGAGCAAUUUUAUUCUUUACCUAAUUAAGGUUUUGCGUUUUUAUUGGGUGUGGCUAAUUCAGCCACUUCUUGCUAAUUUUACAAAGUCUUGCUAAAUUGGCCUAAUAUUGCAAUCUCGAAACACUAUGGUUACAAGAGGCCGAUAUCGUGAUCAAAUUAAUAUUUAAAAGAGCAACAUUUUGUGGCUUACACCCUGGUCAAGAUUUGAAACUGACAAACAUUGUUACUUGUACCUAAGGGUUUUAUUCAUCUUUUGUAAGUCGAUGUAACGCGUCGGAUAAUCCCGUUGUUGUGUAUUCGGGACGGACAUAACAAAAUGAUCGCCGAAGCUGAGACUUACCGCCGGAUAAAGAGAAUUUCCAUAAUUCAUAAAAGCGACUAAUUUAAUACUGUAAACAUUGACAGAUCGAAUUCUUAGCGAUGUUUUAUUUGAACACAAGGCACUCGAUGUUGACUGACAAAAAGAAAACAGCAGAAAAAUGACAACGGAAAAUUUCAUAGCUUUGCUUUGAACAGAGAUAGAGCUUACAUGUGAUGUAAUUUCACAAUGAAAUAAAUGGGGCAGUUUUGGGUAAUUCAAGGAAACGUACUAAUUACAAGUCUCUUCGGGGAUUCAGGAUAAAAAACACCGGAACUAAUUUACAACGUCGAUGAGUCAUUUUCUCUUAACCGCGUUCAAUUCUUCUAAUUUAGUUCAGAAAAAAUUGUUCUUUGUUUUGGUUUCAUCUGCACAUCACUUGGUGAAAGUUAACAGCGAAAUGCGAACACGUGAUAUGUUUUCAGGUAUCAAAACCCACUUGUGUGGCCGAUUACGUUCGCUGUUUUAAUAAGCCCCCUAAUAAUCUGCUGUCUUUCACUUUAAGACCGAAUUAAUGUAUGCACUGAUCGUUAGUUAUUGAAAACAAAGCACUUCGCAUGAAUUGCUGGCGGUGUUCGUCAGCAGAUGAAAGAGAUUUGUCCCGAAUAUCUGGAGCGCGGAAACUGCAGUGUCAAAUGUUUUGGCACCGUCUGCUAUUAAAAUAAUCAUUGUUGCCUUUGGAACGAGCAAACAGACGCUGGUGAAGCCUGAAAUUCUGAUCAGUGAAGGUAUUCUGCUUGUAUUUGUUUAGAAUCGUAGAACAUCUGUCUGUUAUGAAUGUAAUGAACAUUUUGUUGCUCGAAGAAAAUUACUCGAUUUGUUUUGGUCUCACCAACACAAGCCAGAACAACCGAUCUACACAGCUGUGAAGAGUAAGGUUUGUGGAAACCUUGCCGCUUCGGUCAGUGAAAUAGUUAUUUACGUUAGCGGAGAGAGUUUUCUUUGCAUGAUUAUUUUCUUGGAGGAAACAAUUUCAAAACCUUAAUUCCCUAACUUAACGUAAAUUUUACGGUUUUGGGUGUGGCAUAAGUAUUACUUUAUUGCGACAAUAGAGCGACUGGUGGUGCAUCUUGCCGACAUAAAGUUGUGAUGGUGAAGUUUGAAUUCUUUCUUGUUUGCUUUACGGGUGAGUAAAUGUUGGAGACUUGGUGUCAGCAAAACAAACGUGGAAGUCAGUAACACUGAAUUUGAUGAGACUUCUGAAAAAAAGUCCUUCCCAAAAUUAGAUCAGACAUUUAAGCGGCGAAAUGUUAGUAUGGAGUAAUUAUGUUUCGUAAUAAGACGAAAGAGUGCCGCAAAUCUCGAAGUAAAUUUGAAAACGUUUAUCGGUUAAAAUAAUCUGGCAUCUCUAGGAUUGUUAGCAAAUUUUGAAUGUGGUUGCUGCAAUAUGGCACGCUCAUUAAACAUUGUUACCAUGAGGCUGAAUUGCUCGGACGUCCUUGUGGCUAACAUGUUGUCAUUACUACUUUUUUGCAAUUUUUUUGAUUUCUGAUGAAAGGAGAUAAAGGGUUUCCACUUUGAAAGAUUUAGUAACUGCCAAUAUUUCUUUAGUGAUUUUUUUUAGUGGCCAUAGUCAUUUUAUCCCCUUCUACACCACAAGAUACAUGGAAUGAUGACUUUACAUGAUCAAUCUUUACAUCUUAUCUUUCCAGCCUUCAAGUGUUUAAGAUGAUAAACAACUCAACCGAUACAGAGUUCGUUUUCAACACCAGCGAUGGCAAUAUUGUUGCAGCAUUUUUUGUCGCUGUUCUGAUGCUGUUGACUCUAGUGGGAAACAUCAUGGUUUGCGCCUGUUUUUACUGUUACCGUGAUCUUAGAACAAUUUGCAAUUACUUUAUCAUUAGUUUAAGUGCGGCGGACAUCCUGGUGGCGCUGUUGGCGAUGCCGUUCUGGCUGGUAUUGCAGUUAACUGACAUGGAUGACAAAUCCAAGCAAGUAUUUUCAAACGAGUUAUACCUUUUCUGGAGCAGUAUUGACAUCCUCGUUGGAUCGGCGUCCAUUAUGAACCUUGUAGCAGUCAGUUUUGACCGUCACCUCGCAAUAACCGCUCCAUUUUCCUACAGCGAAUCGCUCACCUCGUUUCGAGCUAUUGUCAUGAUAGUUGCAUUGUGGGUUUUCUCUAUCCUACUCUGCGGUCUUCGACAGGCCUUUGACAAAAUGGGUAAAACCUUUGCGUAUCAGAUGGUAGUUGUGGUGGUAAGCUUCAUUGUUCCGCUGCUACUUAUGUUUGUUAUGUACAUGAAAAUCUACUUUGUAGCAAGAAAUCAAGCGCUCCGCAUCGGUCGAAACUACGCCAAAGACAUCAAAGCAACCAAGACCAUAGCAAUUGUUAUUGGAGCGUUUGUUGUAUGCUGGAUGCCUUUUUUUGUUAUAGUUAUUCUGUUUGCUUUUGAACCUAAUUAUGACAUGAAGACUGAGGCCUACAAAGCAAUCAAGUGGUUGGAAUACCUCAACUCGUGCUUGAAUCCUAUCAUCUACACCUGCUUGAACCGAACCUAUCGUCGCGCCUUCAAGAAACUUUUGCUUCGUUCAUCUUGCUGUUCAGGACAUGGGUCAUCGGACCGUCUUAAUUGCGUUCAGUCUACCCAAAUGUCGUUUCAUAAAACCAAAGCUGAAUCUCUUUCUCGCAGUUCAUCUUCGAUCUCCGAGAAUGGAAAUGUUUUCAUCCAGCGAGAAAACGGCAUAGAGGGUUCCAGUGUGUAAACCAUAUGUAACUGAAGGUCCAAGGCCUCACCGAGCAUUGUCUGGAACAUGCAUUUCUCGAACAUCAUUUGCCAUCUGCCCGAGUUGCCUUUUGAAAGAACUUUGCUACCAAGUAGACUUUGGCUGACUUUUGACAUUAUCCGCAGUUUCAUGAGCGCCAGCUUCGUGGCAUUAUGUAGUUUCAUAGCAUAACUGUAUCUGAUUUGCCCACAGGAUUGAUGUUAUAGCUCUUGACAGUUUAUAUAAACUUUACAUAACAUACUUUCAAGUGUAAUUUAGAACGAUUAAAUGUUAAAUAAGCACUAAUGAGUGCGAUUUAUAGUCUUAGGGGAAUUUAUGAGUGCUUAUUUACUCCACCCCCCUGAAUAGGAGGGUAUUCGGUGCUUCAUGAUCUGUCACAUGAGAGGAUGAAGGAUGAAAGAUUUAAUCCUCCAUACAUGCCUUAUUCUCAAGGUAAUUCCUCACUUAAAAUAAUUGCUAGACUUUUAAAGUUAUACUUAAGCUUUGUCGUUGCGUGAAACGUAGAAUAAAAGUUGGAAAACAUUCUUUAAACUCCGUUUCAAAUUCUUGGAGAAAAUAUUUCUUGAAAAACUGCAUUUUAAAGAAAACGAAUAGAAACGUUAAGAAACAAAAAAUAGCUGGUAUAAGUUAGUUAUUUAUCUUCUUGGCAGUUCUUAGCAUAAAUUCAAGAAACACUUAUCUUAAGUAUUAAAAAUUGUCGAAGCUAUCAUUUAUAUUGCCCAUUUAUAUUAAGUGUUGUGGUAAGGCAGAAAAAAGCCGUAUAGAGCAAAUGUAAUAAAACGAUAAUUCGCAAACAAUAAAAUAGGAUCCAGAACGAUACUUUAACUGGACUGCAAACAUGUCAGUGCGGUCUUCCCUUUGGCUAAGGGAAUGGGCGCAGUUUGGUUCAAAAUUUGUGGUCACUAAUAAUUGCAUAACAAAAGUAACCUGUUAUGUCCAGUACAUAGAUCGACUCUCUGUGUCAUGAUGUUUGCAAGAAACUGGAUAUUUCGAAUUUUUCAACAAUCGAUGCAACGUAAUCUUGGGAUCAAUCAUGCUAGACUUAACAAUUCGCGGAUGCAUGAAGUGAUCCUAUUUACGGAUACGAGUUUGAAAGACUGUUACACUUCCCCCACACAAAAGCAGCACACUACAUAACACUACACUAAUAAAUGGUUUACUCGCCCACCCUCCCUCUUCUCACACCCUCCAUAACAGUGAACUACAUGUAACAGUUAAAACACUGUCAGUGACAAAAGUCCUUUGCACCCCUUAUCAGUACAGCGGCAUUAACAAAAGCUCUACUCACCCUCCUCAUAAAAGUGCACUAUCAAAUGUUAUACUCAACCUAACCCAAAACAGUCUAACGUGUUUUGCCAUUUUUUUUUACAAAGGAUACGCCAAACGAAAUGUUAAAAUGUUCUCCUCGAAGUGAAAGGUUAUGUUAGUUUGCACGUCCAAAUACUGAGAGUUUCACGACAAUUUCUUCAGAUGACGGCCGGAAAUAAACCUCUAACAUUUAACUGUCAUGUUUUGGAAAAAAUCCAGCGGUCAGAGGGGCAAGGCACAUAACAAGAACAACAACAGCUAGGUUAAGCUAUUUGGAUGUUAAACUGUAGAAACUGUCUGGACUUUUGGAACCUUUUUGAGUCAAUGUUUUAGUUAUUUAAUUAGCAACAAGCAAGAACGUAAGAUUGCGAAAACUAAACAAAGAUAGGCUUUUCUUCGGUAAACAAACUGUGACGUUUUCCCAAACAAAUGGGUCACAAAAGAAAGUGGCGAGAUUUCAGUAAUGUUCGGAAACUUCUGUUUACUUGACCUUACAAGUUCUUGGGUAGUCAGGAAAAUAGAGACUGAUUCAUCAGUCUUAAGGAUUACUGUGGUAAAGACAGACCUCAGGAUAACUUGCAUUUUGUUAUCUCUGCCAAACUGUUUGGUUAAGAGAUGGAUCGCGUGUCUACAUGACGUAAUCCUGAAUUGGCAAUCACACUGUUUACGCAGGAUGUUUCAACUCACGUAGCAGAACUAUAAAAGCAACCUCCUCCGCUCUCUGUAAACUGAACAUAACUGCACUUUCCGGUGUUUUGGAGAAUUGUGAUUUGAUUUCCAUCUCAUUUGGUAAGUAUUAUUGCUAUCUACAGCGUAUAUAGUGUAAUCGCUAAGCUGGUAGUUAUUCUAAAGGACAACCAGCGCUUUCGCUGUGACAGCGGUUAUGUCCUAACUGUGUUUACUUUGGUUAUCAAUGAAUUAAUUAUAAAACAAAUUCGCGAACUGAAAAUUUCUUUAAGUUUAUAUUACUUGGCUUACGGUCUAUUUACAUGGAGAAGAGUUAUUCUUAGAAGUGCCAUCUCUGUUCACCUCCCCACCCCCGUUCCGAGCCUUCUUUUAUCGAGCGUUGAUAUUACAAUCUUGUCCUUUUCCUUGUUGCUGAACCUGCUGCAUACGCGUAUUAAUUAUGUAUGCCCAGUUUGCCCUGAUGUGUCCCUCUUCGGAUUAGAGAGCUUUUCAUUCAUCUCUUUAUAAAUAGUAACGGAUUGUUUACAUGAGACCUCUGAGGAUUGAGGAGAAUGUGUGACCACUCGCCUUCAAGGUAAUGACCAUAGGUGGACCAACUCUUUUUCAUAUAAACACUAUAGCUAUAUAUA